CGCGACCACCGUCACCACUCCGACACUGUCGCGUGCUCCCGCGUCCACCGUGUUCCCGCCUUGUGCAAGCGCCUUUGCGACCCGUUGUCCGCGCCUACUGUUGCAGAUGGUGAUAUUCCUAUGAUUUCAGGAUUCGGGACAGUAGGAUAAAAUUCUGAAAAUGUGCCUGUGUAAUGGAGAAUAAUGGCAGUAGGCACUGGAGGAUAGGGGGCACUGGCCUGACUACUGGCAGUGGUGUUUGUGGUAACUGUUGGCGUUGGUUGGCAUGAACACUGGUUGUGGUUAUUGUGAGUCAUGUGGGCGUGAUGGUGAGUGCUCCUCGUGGCGCUGUGAGUGUCAAGAGCCCCGCCAUGGCUGGGGGCUUCCCGCGUAGCUGCUCUUGGUCCGUCACACCUGCCACGCCGCCUGUCGCCGCCCUCUCUCCCCCCGACCCUCCGCCGCCCCACGAUGAUGGCACCCAUCGCAGCAGAUGCCAUGAUGACCACCUCAGAAAGCGUGCCAGCUUGUCGAUGGUGGUAAGCGGCCUCCGGAGCCCCACGCGCGCCCACCAUACACCGCGCCCAGACCGCUUCCCGCGGCGUUCCCUGGGCGCAGUGUGGCGUGUAUCGUCCUCAAGCCCUGCGCGCCAGUUAGGAGCAUGGUUGGGGAGGCGGCCUCGCUCCUUCGCUGGCACCGAGGACACUGUGAGUGCCAUGUACAGCAGCGCCACCCUGGCACCGCCCACUUCACCCGUGCCCUCGCUCUGUUCCUCUUCCCCGGAGCCGCCCUCGCCUCUUGACUCCUCAGGGGCACGCCAAGCUAGCGGAGGGCCUGCCCCAUGCCUCAGCAGCAGCCCCUCGGCUGCCUCCCUUGCUGCUCUCAAUAAGACUGUUGUUCCACGCCGCCCCACACGCCUCGUCAUCAGCGGGCGGGCGCGCCCACGCCGUCUCUACCACACUCCCUGCGUCACUAGGCUAUGUAAUGUAACGGUGACGCGGCUACAGGUAACGCAGCCCCUGGGCGGAGACCUCAACUCCGUCACCCUGGCUGUGAAGAUGCAGUCCUCCAAGCGCACUCUCCGCUCCAAUGAAAUUCCUCUCCCACCCAGUGGCACUCUGGACAUAGAACUACAGCUCACUUUCUCCCUACAGUACCCACACUUCCUAAAGCGUGAGGGAAACACGCUGCAGAUCAUGCUUCAACGACGUAAGAAGUACAAGAAUCGUACCUUUCUUGGCUUCAAAACACUUGCCGUUGGUGUCAUUAACAUGUCACAGGUUUUGCAGCGUCCCGUAGACCGUGAACUAGAAUUAUACACAGAGGGGAAGGAAAAGCAAGCAUCACUAGCACGAGUCACGAUGGUUUCUCUCUCAUCACAGCCAGUUGACACAGAUGAGCCAGCAGAAAGAACUAAGUCUUUCAUGGCUGAUAAUCCUGAUCGUUCAGUGGAUCUUGUAGAGGUCUACAGUGAUGAUGAUGAGGAUUACAGCUCACAAGAUGAAGGCAGUGAUUCUGAACCAAUUCUUGAAGAUGGCUCUAGACGAACUCAUCAUCACUUACGGUCCAGUGCACGUUCCAAAAGUUUACCCCCCAAUGCUCGGCAACGAAACCUAAAACAGAGGUUUAUUGCAUUGCUCAAGAGAUUUAAAGUUCCCGAGGCCUUGCAGGCAUUUGAUCAGGACCAAGAAUUGGAUCCAAGAACAGGUGGUGAAGUGGAUGAAGCAGAAAUUGAAGACCUAUUUGAUGAGUUGGAGGACCUCAGUGAUUCUGGUCCAGAAGUUGACACAAUCUCCAUUACAUCGACACCAAAGCCUUCACUCCGGCCAUACUUCUCCUCUUCUAGAUCUCUUCUUAAUGAAGGGGGUACUUACCUACGAUUGAAGGUACCAGGUGCGUUAUGUCCUCGUGGUAUUAAAGCAGACAAAGCGGGCGCAGACAGAUUAAGUGACGAAAGUAGCAAAAGAGCAGACAGUGAUCACAUGGAGAACUGGACGGACCAAGAGCAUUCUGAUCCCCAGUGCUUGGCUUCUUCCCCACCCAGAGAAGACAAGAAUAAAAGUAACAAGAAUAAACUGUUUAACAGAGAUCGCAGUAAUAUGUCAUUAAAAGAACGGAAAAGUAUAUCAUCUACAGGAGGAUCAACACCUCGUCAAGAAAAGAUGGUUGUUGAGCGCUCUAACUCCAGUGCCAAUGUGGAUUCUAGUCCGAGAAAGGUUUUGUUGGAACAGCUGGCACGCGUACUACCACUGGAAGACGUACAACUUCCUGACCAUGUCGUCCUUGUAAACACUGGAGACUCCCAUGGUGCACUACUGGCUGCACAUCUCACGGAACACGGACAUCGUGUUAUUACAACUAUGGCCUUAGCUGAUGUUAGGGCUACUAUCUCUCAUCUAGUAAAUAAAUUGCAGAAAUUCUGCAACAGCAAUUUAAAGGCACCAGGCCCCAUGAAGGUGGUGGUGGUGGGAUCUGAUCUAUACAUCAGUUGUGUGUUACGGCCCUAUGUAGACCAGUUCUCUUCCAAGCCACCAGACUUCCAAAAUCAUAUUAGAUUUCUCAUCAUUCCUCUUGGUGUAAAUAGUUUAGCAAAGUACUUAGGAUCCAUAGACUCUGUUUAUGGUGAAGCUUUUGUCAGUGAAUCAUGGAGAGAGGUUGUAGAACGCUGGGAAAAGCCUGAUGUACAAGAAGUUGUUAACCGCGUCCAUCACUACCUCACACAAGCACAGCAAACAUUACAUCUGCCUAUUGCUGAGGCUAUGCUUACUUACAAGGAAAAGAGUGGAGAUGAUGAAUCAUCUCAAGCAUUUGUGCCAUUCAUAAUGGAUGUUCGGUUGGGAAGUGGUGAUGUGACAUCAACUUCAGUUGACCUUGAAGACCCUGCAACAGCUCCGGCAGCUGUUAUACUUCCUGGUUCUCCUCCAGCAGCAUCAACACCCACCACCGGACUUAAUAUUGAUAAGACUCGGGAAAAUACUACUCCACCGUCAUCACCAAAUAUUAAUAGUUCUCAUUUAGUCAACUACAAAAUUCUAUCAGAAGGAAUAGGGCAGGAGCCCCUCGAUCUUCAAGUUGAUUAUUGGUUGGUGCGGGGAUCAACUCGAGAAGAAAAAGAGAAGGACAAGGAAAAGGAUAAGGCACGAGUUGAAGGUGGAAAAUAUACCCUUAAGACGAGCUUCCGAACUCUACAAGUAGCUCGGUUAGCACCGCUUGGUGUCACACAUCCAUUUGAUCCCACCACGUGUCAUCAUUUAACACUAUCUUUUGCCACUAAGGAAAAGAAACAAAGAAUUAUGCGGCUUGGUAAAAAGAAAGAAAAGGAACGCGAAACAGAGAGUCGACGAGAAGUUGUGGAUGGUGUGAGUAGAUUAUUGGGAAGUGCCAAGAAUCAACCUUUUAAAGUGAGCAUAGACUCGGCAGAAUGGACAAAUGUGAAGUUCUUCCAGUUGUCCUCCCAAUGGCAGACUCAGAUCAAAUCCUUCCCUAUUUCUCUCUUCAGUCUACAAGACUCAAAUUUGUGACUUAGUACCCUUCAUGAAUCUGAAAGUUAGUUUUUUUUUUUCAACUCCAGGACACAAAUGACCACCAGCAUCAGAAAUUAGAACCUUAGGUCAUCACAAUACAAAGCUUAACACCACAAGCAAUAAAAGUCAUUAAACAAUCUCAUGUAGUGAUUCCUAUAACUGCUGUCACUCUUUGAGGAAUAAUUUAAUUGGCUACAAACUUAUUAAAAUAUCGUGUAAGGUGAAAAAUAAUAAUUCUUCGAAGAUGUGCUUCAGUUACAUAUUGUAACAUUUCAUAAAAUGUUAUAAAGAAGGCUUUGGACAGCUUAAAUAAUAGGCAAAUAGACCUUAGUCAGCAAUCCCUGAUCUCAUGUCUAAAAUUGUGUUGUUGUCUGCCAUAUAAAAUGGAAAUGUGAAAAUGUAAAUGUCAUUAACUCCAUGUCUAGGUUUAUGUGGUACCUGAAAUAGGGAAAGCUCAGCAGUUUCAAAAUACAUAAUUAUCCAAUCUCUUACUUGUAUAGGAUGCAGGUGCUCACCAAAUUGUUUCCAUGUGUUUGGGAUUGUUGAGUAUGCCAAAUAUUUCAGUUACUAUAAAUCCUUAAUUGUUUUGUUGUGAACUAAUAUUUGAUUCGGGAAUAUAUAAAAAUUGUAUUUCACAAAACUUUGUAUAUCACUGAAACACCUUUAACAUAUAUUGAACGAACAAUUAAUUAAAAAAAAAAGUCAUAAAAUAGCCAUACAAAUUGUUAUUUUUCUUUCAAAUGUAAUUGUCAUUGUGUACUGGUAUAAAAGCUGGAAUAAGAUAUUUUCUCAAGUUAUCAUAAAAAUGGGAAAUACUUGAGAAAAGUUUGUGCAUUCAUUAAGGUUCCAAAGUGAUUAUAACUAUCCUCUUUGAGAUACCCACAAAUGGCAGAGUCUGACAAGUAUCUUGCUUCCUAGUUGUUGUGUAUGUUUUGAAAAGUACGACUUGAUGUGUAUUAUUAAUUGCUUCACAGUGAAAUGCUCAUGUAUAGGAAAGUUAUGCUUUUUCAUUCUGUAUGACUGUUGUGAUGGUGUAUUUUUGUAUGACUGCAUGAUAUGGUGGUGAUAAGAGAUACUAGAGUAUUUUAAAGCAAGUUUAUGUAUGGCCUUAUUAAGCACAAACCUGUACACUUUGAGGGAAGGAUGAAGUUAUAGAAUGUGAAAGAAAUUGUUUGAUGUUUUAUUAAAUUUUAUCAGUUAAAAUUAAAAAUAUAAUGUAGAUAUGAAUAUGUACCGAGUCAAAACAGAUUGAUUUCAAAAUUUUUACUCGUAAAUGAAUGUAAAAACCAAUAUUAAUGAUGUUAAGAGAAUCAAUCGCCUAUAUAAGAUUUUUUAUACAUUUGUUGCAUUAUCAUUACAUGAAUAUUGAAGGUUCUAGUAUCUGCACAGUGUUAUCCCUCUGACCUUAUCUGAAGCAUGUCUGAUAUGCAUUGUAUCCUUAAAAAGGCAUAUAAAUGUGUAUUAAAGUUCAUACUUGAAUAGUUAUUUUGAAUAACUAGGCAAGAACAAUGAGCUUUAAUAAGUAUUUUUGCACCACUUUAAAUAGUUGGUGGAAAGCCCAUAGUUUUGUUAGAAGUUCUUGAUUAUGCACCCAGGGUUGUGAGUCAUUCUGCAUAACUUAUUUGCAAUGCACCCAAGAGGGCGAGUCUACCAGCAUAACUUGUGCAUAUACUACACUUUCAUAAAGAAAUUGAAUAAUUUGUCUUUAAUAAGAACUGGACUAUAGACCCAAAACAGUCUUAAUAUAAUAAUUACAAUUAGAUAGUAUCAAAACCUUAAAUAUUAUAUAUAUAUAUGCAUAGUUUCAGAGAUUUAAUAUUUAAAAUGUUUAGAAUAUUGAGAGUUUGUAAGUUUAAGAUAUAACUGAAAUAUGAACCAUAGAACAAAGAAUUUUAGGCAUCAAAAUAAUCUGGAUAUUGUCAAAUAAUCAAACUUAUCAAAGCCUUUGGGGUUUGUAAUAUUGUACACAUUUCUAAUGAAUCGAUAAGAACCACCUGGCAUGUAGGAUUCAUUUUAUUGCAUAAAGAGCGACUGGAUUCUCAACUGAAUUUCAAGUUAUAUUUGCAAUAGCAUUAAGGCAGUGGGCAUGGUAUGGCAAUAUUUAUGACUUGAGAAACACUGUUCACAUUAAUAUUGCAAGAGUUGAUAAUAACUGGAAGGAUUUUUUGUAAAUCAUUUUUUUAUCGCAGAAAGGAUCUUUCCAAUUUGUUGUCAACCUUGUUAGGUCAUUGAAGGGAUGUUUUGGAAAUACUGAUACACAAGAAAUUAAUUCUGGAUACAAUGUCAGACAUGUCCAUUUUCUGCAUAAUGGCAACCUUGAUAACAUACAUAAACAUCUUGACAUUCAUUUGAAUAAAAUUUUAGUCAAGUGCUAGCAGAAAAGCUGUGUUGGCAACAGUAUUUCCACUGAUCUCAUGGUGUCCAGAGUUUUAAUUCUAUUAUCUGAACCUCUUUCUGAAGCCCUAUAUACAUCCUUUCCUUAGGCUGGUGAUAAAAGCCUUUAGAAUAUCACCCAACCCCACCCCUGAUGUCUGGAGUCUGCCGAAGGAUAAAGUAUUAGUGGCCUUGUGGGGCCAAAAACCACUAGUCUCAUGCUUGUUAGGGCUGGGAGUAUCCAUAAAGAAUCUUAAAACUAUUUGUGAUUGGUUAAAUAUAUUAAUUUGAUCAAUAUAUAUUUCACAGUUUUUCUCAUAAAAGAAAAUGAGAUGUUUUCAGCAUCUUAAAACUUGAAUUAAAGAAGCUACUGAUUACAUAUUUAUGCAUGUAUAUAUAUAUUUUUUUUACACACACACACACACACACACACACACACACACACUCUCACUCACUCGCUCUUACUUGUGUGAGUGUAAUUAUUGUCACUAAGUCACACACUCCCUCUCCCAUCUCAUUUCUGCUGCUGCUUUCCCAGUCAGCAGUAUUCUCAUGACCAGUGUAGAUCUAAUACACAGUCUUAAGACUAUUUCAGUUGUUUAUCAUGGAAAAUGAUGUUAAUGGCUGACAAGAAGAAGAAGUGCUUGCAAAGCACCAUGGCCAAGGAAGAGGCAAUCUAUUACUCUAGAGAUGAAGCCAGAGAUAAUCAAGUGCUCUAAGAAGAAAGGAAUGCCAACAAAGAUUCCACAUGUUUAUGGCAUGAACUUAAAUUUUGAGCAUAUGCAAGGUACUGUACCAAUUAAAUAUAUACUAUUAUAAUCUAAUCUUGUGAAUAGUGACUUGGCAAACUACAAACAGGAGUGAGGACUAGAAUCAUAGAAAUCCCAUCAGGCCACGUUUUCCAACCAUGCAUCAUCUACUUUUUCACCAAUUAGACACACUAUAAAUGAUUCACCAACCUCUGCCACUCAUGCAUGAUCAUUUACCCAUCUCCAGCAAUUAGAUCUCUUCACUUCUCAGAAACUGUUAACUUAGACAAUCAGGAUAGUUCUAUAGUCUUGAUAAAUAAUUUGCAUCUUAUAUUACUUGUUCCCAAAUUAUUGGUUUUAUGGGAUGAUUUUUAUGGUUAGGGAAAGCAUCCCUCAUUUAUAACAUUGUACUUAUGGAAAAUCUGGUUCCAAGUGGUAAAAUGUACCCUAGGUCAUUAGAUUUUAAAAGUAAAAUGUAUAUAAUUCCUAGAAUAAAAAUGAAGGGAUGCACUACCAUUACAAACUCCACAUGGCCUGGGUUAGCAACAAAACGUUAUUUAUUCAAACUGUAUUUUACAUUAUAAGGUAAAAAAGUACAGCAGAAUGACUUAAAACUGUAAAUUUACAAAUUUACUAAUAAUCGAAGAGUAAACAUUUUGAAAAUACUGUACUGAAUGUUGCUAUAUUUCUGCUGUCAGUCUGUUGAGAGUACAGUAAGUAGGCAUUUGUCAUGCAGUUAUCGUGGUCUGUAUGGACAUAGCUUUUUACAGUGGAAAAGUUUUUACACCUUGCCAAGGGUUCCAUUCUGUUACAGUUCAUUCUACUGAGACUCCAUGGGGCAGUAAUUUAUUUAUUUGUAUGUAUGCAUGCAGAAUAACAUUUAAAAAGAAAUCAUUGCCGAGUGUAUUCAACACACUCAGGCCUUUGUUGACAGCAGAAUGACUGCCAGAAGAGCAAUAGGGAAGCAGUUUUGUAAGUAGUUCAUGGGAACAGAAGCCAAGGAGGAGAGAGUGUUACAUCACAAUGAACAAAAUGCUCACCAAGUUCUGCCUUAUGUAAUCGAUUCUCUUUUCCCUGGUUUCCGUCCCCAUGAAUGGCCCAUUAUAAAACCCCUUCUCCAUUCCUCUUCGGUCAGUCAUUCUGCUAUUGACAAAGGCCUGAGAGUGUUAAAAACUCUCUUGCAAAUAUUUUACCCGAGUUUACCUGAGAACCACUAACACUAGUGGCCUCGAUGAGGACAGGAUGUGACUUCCCCCUCCCCCCCAUUUGCCUUGAACUUUUCCAGUUGUCAAAAGAUCUUUUGUUUUUCCCUAAUAUGUGGUUAUUCUGUAUUAAUAGAGAAGUGGUUAUUGAUCUUUGUUGCAUAAUAUAUUAUUAUGCAUAAAUUGCCUACACACACACUGUAUUUCUUUCACUGAACUCUUGUAUUUCACAUACACUAAUACUGUAUAUGCAUGUGUAUGUACUGUAUGCACAUACAAAUAUGCCAAUCCUAGAAGUAAGAGAGACGACAUGAUUGCUAUGUACAAAACUGUAAUAGGAAUUGCCAAAAAUUGACAGCGGAAUUCUUGUAACCUGCAACUUCAAGAGCAAGAGGUCAUGUAUCCAAUCUAAGGAAACAGAGGAGCGAAAAAAAAAUAUAUAAGUUUUUGAAAUGUCUGAUGAAAGAGUACUGAGAAGAUGGGACACCAUGAGCAUCUUUCUAAUCCUGUAACUAUGCUUGUGUAAUUACACCCUCCCCCCAAUCCCAUCCCAUCCCAUCCCCCACACACACACACACACACACACACACAGUAAUUCAUUAUUACUUUCAAUGAACAAAUUUUUUAUAUCUUAAGUACAGUAAUCACAUUUGAAUUUCUAAAGUUUUGUCAUGAAAAUCAAUAAAAGGCAUUUUCAGUUUAAACAUUCAUCUUGUGAUACGUGGUUCAAUGGAUGCCCCCUACCUCAAGUAAUUGAAUGUGAUGUAAACAUUUUUUUGCAUUUGUAGAGAUUUAGGUGAUCUAGAAAAUAAGACUAGUAUGCUGUGUAUGUGCUGAUAAUUUUUAUAUGUCCUACUUCAGAAUUGUCUGUAGAUUAUGAAUACUGUAUUGAAUGAGGAUGAUAGUUAUCUACACUUAUAUGAAAGUUAUAGAUCAUACAGAAGAAAGUACAGUACAGAAUAUGAUAACGUACAUAAAUUUUCACUUUUGUAACAAUAUUUGAAGUUUUAUAUAUGCAAUGUUGGAGGAGGACGAGAUGUAACAGUGUUGAAAUGGAUUUUAAACAAAAACAGUGAGGUGUGUGUAUGUGCUUUCAGGAAAAAAAAAGGAAAAAAAAAAAGACUUCUUUCAAGUAGCAGGAAAGAUGGUGGAAGUACAUACAAAGUCUCAGAAUUAUUGGCGUGUCACAUUAAGCAAUAUAUUUUACCGGGAUGCUGACAAUGAAUAAAUUACCCUAUUGAAUGAAAGGCGUUUGUAAUUAAGCUUAGCUUCAAGCUUCUUGUUAGCAAACACAAGUUGCAUUCAUAAAAAGGUAAUAUUUUUGUCAAUGAAAAUAAGCCAAGCAACAUAUACUAUUAAGUUGGCUUACACAAAAUAUUGUAGUGAAGCACAGUUGUAGUGUUUCAGUGAUAAUUUUUGUCAUGAAUCAUAAAGAGUUGCCAUUUUUCUUUUAAUUUGAGAUAUAUUAGUAGGACUUGCUGAUAAUUUCAGACUAGCAAAAAAAAAAAAAUCCUAAUCAUAGUACUUCAUGGUGAUUGUGGCAAUUGUUGGAUUGGUUAUGAUGUCAGACUGUAACAAGAGCCUAAUUCCUGUAACUCAGGUAGGCUAUGGCCAUUGUUAACAGAAAUGCAUCUUGUUCUUCCACUUGCUUUGGAAAGGAAAUUUAGCACAGUGUUUAUCAGAGUAGAAUGCUCUUGUGUAUAGAAAUAUUAAAAGGUACCUUGCAUUUUGUAUGUGAUAUGAUCAGCAAUUUUAAGUUACUGUAGUGUGCUUUACUGUGAUCUUUUCCAUUUAUGCAUUGGUCAUAGUAAAGAUAUUUAGAAUGAUAUAAUUCUGAAUGUCUCAGAGGCAAAAGCAAAGUUAUUGUGUACUGUAUUAACAAUUUACUGUUCAUUUAGGAUCAUUUUGUUAUAAAAAUCAAAACUUAAUACAAGUAGAGCUUUAUCAGAGUUGAAAUUUGUCAUUUUUAUUUGUAUUGCAUACAAAAUUAAUAUUGAUAGGGCAAGCUAUAAUUGUAUUAUGUACAUAUUUAAAAUUUUACGAUGAUGAACAAAUUAUAUGAAAUCAUUUGCUUUGUUCAGUUUUUAACUCUGGUAUACUUUGACCUAAAUACUCAUUCUUCUUUUUAAAAUGUUUUAGAUACUUAUCAAAAUUAUGCUUGUCACUUAAAGAAAUAAAAGGCAGAAUUCUUUGUGAAGUGCUGAAGUAUUCAGAAAGAGUGAUUAAGAAUCAAGAUUUUCACUUUGCUUUCUGUGAAAUGUAUUGCAAUAUUUGCAGUCAAGAUAAGUGUUUGUGAAUCAUUUUCCAAAUUAAUUUUCCAAAGAAACGGAAGAAAAUUAUACAAAUGCUCAAUUAAUAAUACAAAUAAUAUUUGUCAUGUUAACAUAGCUCAAUGUAAUUCAUAAUUGGCUUGAAGCUCUUAUUGUAUUCUUAGGUACAUAGUCUUCAUUAGGUAUAUGUAUUCUUCAUACAUUUGUUUUGGCUUUAUGGUUGCUAAAUGCAUGUCCAAUUUUUCCCCUCAGUUCAAAGGAAAGUUAAGUGUAUGCCAUUAAAUACGUGGAUUUGCGUAUCCAGGUAAUGUUGUGGAAUAUAUUGCUUUAUUUGGGUACCUCCAUGAUGUAAGCCAUAUAAACCAUUGUAUUGCUUACCAGAAAUGAAAACUUUGCAGUGAAAAUUUAAUCACUUUCUUUUUAAACAUUUUAUACUCAAAUAGUUCUCACAAAUAGAAAAAUAAUUUCAGAAUUGUAUAAAAUGCUCUUGUGAGUAAUGUACAGUAUGUCCAUGUUAAGAGGAACACAAUAGCUAAAAUAUAUACAUUUUCUAUAUAUUUUUUGUUCUUAAAAACAAAAUUUUCAGUAAAGUAUUCUGUCGGACACAAAAUACGCUAAUCAGUUGCUUCUAAUUUUUCCUACUACUGUACUGUGGUUGCUGCUCAUAAUUAGAAUCCCUUUGAGAAAUUCUAGGAUUCACUCAAAGACCAUAUUAAUAGUGGAAGACUAAAAAGUGUCAACAAGGCUGAAAAUCCCAUUUUUGUGUAUAUUUUCUUCAUGGAUGGUGGUUUAACUUUGUAGGAGAGGUGUCUGUAAUGGGGGUUCUGGCAUUUAGCUGUCAUGAAUUAUUUCUGAAAAGACAAUUAUAUCUUGGGAAUCACAAGUAAUUAAAUAAUUGUGACUUUGGAUGACGCAACCGAUACUUGUGGUGUUCACCAGCAGUUACUUCAGAAAGCAGGUCUCUUCCUAAGUACGACGGUGAAACUGUAUUUGGAUUAGAAAAUUAUUUUAUGUAUAAUAAGCACUGUAUCUUGUGAACUGAAUUUUGUAUAUUGUAUAUUACAAAUGUUUUUUUAUUUAGCACUAAACGAAAAGAAAUUAGGUUGGUAAGUAAACCAGAAAUGAAAGACAGAUACUCAUGCUUUUAAGUAUAGGACACAUUUUGUACACACAUUUUGCAUAGGUUAAGUGUCACGCUAUGAAUAGAAUGUCGGCUACUAAAUUUUCUUGUACUGUCUGUUUUUUCCUUUCAUUAGUGGAUGAUAAAGUCUUGUACUCCCUUUUACACACAACCAUACAUAUCACACCAUUUUCUGGUCACUUUUACUAAUGCAAAAUUUUGGAGACUCUUCAACACUUGUACUUAUUUUAGAAAGAAAAAAUUCACUUGGUCAUCCUCUUUCAUAUCAUAUUUUGUCAUACUUUUUAUAAAAUAGCCUUCUGUUUUGUAUAUAUUAUGUGCCAUGGUAGGUUCUAACAUCUUUGUUCCUUGUUGCCUUUUCGAUCAACUUUUUUUUUUUUUAAAAAAAGAGUUCUACUGUAUUUGAGAUUGUUUAUUUUCUUACUAUAUACUGUAAUCGGAUAGUCACGGCACAGUUUCUCUACUUCAUUAGAAUUUUCAUUUCGUAAUAUGUACAACCUUCUGAAUGAGCUAUUGAGUAUUGCUUCUCUCACCCAUUUUCUAUCACCGUACCAUCCUCUGUAAAAGGAAGGCAGUGUAAGCUGUAGUGACUAAUGUCACUCUGAAUACAUGUUGGAAUAUA